AUGGAGGCAUUUCCAGUCGGGGACGAGCUGGGGAGCACCCCAGAACCCACCAUUUUGCAGCCUCCCGGCACCGCUCCCACGCCGGCUUAUCCUGCCCGCGAGCCGCAACAAGGCGAGCACCUGCGCGUCGGGGAGGACGUCCAAUUCAGCGAGGAGGUGGAAGAUAGAGGUUUACUAGAAAGCAGUACAAGAUUAAAGCCUCAUGAAGCUCAAAACUACAGAAAGAAAGCAUUGUGGGUUUCGUGGGCCUCCAUUAUUGUUACGCUGGCUCUGGCAGUGGCUGCUUUCACUGUCUCUGUAAUGAGGUACAGUGCUUCAUCAUUUGGAUUUGCAUUUGAUGCCACUUUGGAUGUGUUUUCUUCAGUGAUAGUUCUAUGGCGUUACAGCAAUGCAGCAGCAGUUCAUUCGGCACACAGAGAAUAUAUAGCUUGUGUCAUCUUGGGCGUGAUAUUUCUUCUGUCCUCUUUAUGUAUAGUGAUCAAAGCCAUCCAUGACCUUGCAACUAAGUUGCUUCCAGAAGUGGAUGACUUUCUAUACAGCGUUUCAAUUUUAAGUGGAAUCCUUUGCACUACUUUAGCAGUGAUCAAAUUUAUGUUGGGGAAUGUGCUUACAAGCAGAGCAUUGUUAACAGAUGGUUUCAACUCUCUGGUAGGAGGAAUUAUGGGCUUUUCCAUCCUUCUGAGUGCAGAAGUUUUUAAGCAUAAUGCUUCUGUCUGGUACCUGGAUGGAAGUAUAGGGGUUCUGAUUGGACUUACAAUAUUUGCCUAUGGUGCCAAGCUCCUUAUGGAUAUGGUUCCCCGUGUACGGCAAACACGUCAUUAUGAAAUGUUUGAAUGA